AUGGCCCCAAAGUCACUACUGCGAAAAGACGCAUUGCGAUCGCCGCCAGCAAAUUUCUUCACGAUGGCCAUUGGAACUGUCUUGGUUACCGGUGGUACCGGCUACAUUGGCUCCUUCACCUCCCUCACUCUUCUCCAGAACGGCUACGAUGUGGUCAUUGUCGACAGCUUGUACAACUCUUCCAAGGUUGCUGUCGACCGUAUCGAGCUGCUGAGCGGCAAGCGACCCCACUUCUACCAGGUCGAUGUCACCGACAAGGCCGGCCUCGAUGAGGUCUUCAAGAAGCACCCCGAGAUUGACAGUGUCAUUCACUUCGCCGCGCUCAAGGCUGUCGGCGAGUCCGGCGAGAUCCCUCUCGAGUACUACCGCGUCAACGUUGCCGGCACCGUCUCCCUCCUCCAGGCCAUGACGGAUAACGAUGUUCCCAACAUUGUCUUUUCUUCCUCGGCGACUGUCUACGGCGAUGCCACCCGUUUCGAGAACAUGAUUCCCAUUCCCGAGCACUGCCCGAUUGGCCCCACCAACACCUACGGCCACACCAAGGCCUUUGUCGAGCAGGUUAUUACUGAUCACAUCAACGCCGAGCGCAACAAGCUGAAGAAGGCUGGCAAGCCCUACGAGCAGUUCAACGGCGCUCUUCUGAGAUACUUCAACCCCUGCGGUGCUCACCCCUCUGGUCUCAUGGGUGAGGACCCCCAGGGCGUCCCUUACAACCUGCUGCCUCUGCUCGGCAAGGUCGCUACCGGUGACCGCGACAAGCUCCUCGUGUUUGGUGACGACUACGCCUCGAGAGACGGUACCGCCAUCCGCGACUACAUCCACGUUGUCGACUUGGCCAAGGGUCACUUGAGCGCCCUCAACUACCUCCGCGAGAACAAGCCUGGUGUCAAGGCAUGGAACCUUGGUUCCGGCCGUGGCAGCACCGUAUUCGAGAUGAUCAAGGCUUUCAGCCACGUCGUCGGCCGCGAUCUACCCUACGAUGUUGUCCCCAGACGCCAGGGCGACGUUCUCGAUCUCACUGCCAACCCGUCCCUGGCCAACAAGGAGCUCAACUGGAAGACUGAGGAGACACUGGAGAAGGCGUGCGAGGAUCUCUGGCGCUGGGUCAGCAACAACCCCAAGGGUUACCGACAGGACCCUCCCCCUGAGCUCCUUGCCAACGCCAAGCCCACGAGCGGUUAA